ACCACCUUUCAUUUCAUCAGCCUCAACAAUCUCAUUCAACUUUCUUUUCUAGUCAUUUAUUUUCCACUGAAAAACCAACACAUUUGCAAGUUCAUUCCUCAGCAGCUAUGGCCACUGCCUCCUCAGCCUCUGCUGCUCUUAGAACCAUUUCUUCCUCUGCUAAGCUAACCUCUAGCUUUCCAACUACUGCUGCUUCUCAAAAGAUCCGAUUUUUUAAACUCCCUAACCCCCUCAUUUCUCAAUCUCUUAAACUUAGCACCUCCACCAACCCCAGAUCAUUUCAUUGCAAGAGCCAGAGCAGCUCAACAGAUUCCACAGCCACUAAAGUUCAACAACUUAGUGUCUACGAGCUCAAUGAACGUGACCGUGGUAGCCCUGCCUAUCUUCGCUUGAGCCAAAAGACUGUCAAUUCCCUUGGAGAUCUUGUCCCCUUUAGCAACAAACUAUAUACCGGAGACCUAAAGAAGAGAAUUGGAAUAACGGCUGGACUCUGCAUUCUGAUCAAACACGAAGAGGAAAAGAAAGGGGAUCGGUAUGAAGCUAUUUACAGCUUCUAUUUCGGCGAUUAUGGUCACAUCGCCGUUCAAGGAUCGUACUUGACUUACGAGGAUACUUAUCUUGCUGUUACCGGCGGAUCCGGUAUCUUUGCAGGGGUUUCCGGUCAAGUGAAAUUGCAGCAAAUCAUUUUCCCUUUCAAGCUAUUUUACACUUUUUACUUGAAGGGUAUUCCCGAUCUCCCGGCUGAGUUGCUAGUUACGGCGGUUCCUCCGUCGCCGACGGUGGAGCCAGCACCUGAAGCUAAAGCUUGUGAGGCUGGGGCCACUGUGAAAAAUUUCACUAAUUGAAUGGGGUGUUGAUGUGCAAGUUCGACUUUCCUUGGGGUCAUUUCCGGAAAUGAUGAAACUGUAGGAUAAAUAAUUAUUGUCCUUUAUAUUUUGCCUUUUUGGUAUCUUAAUUAUUGUAGUUUGUUUAACUAUUUUGUACUCCAUUAUGUAAUGCCCAAUCUUCAUUACUGGAUUUUUUCUCCCAAUGUAAGUUCAUCUUUUUCUCUUGA